AUGGCCCCAAAACCAAAGGCCGUCAGAAAAGGAACGUUGAAAAGACCGGCGUCUAAACUUAGCCCCAAGAGCCAUGAUGCCCGCGUAGAUGUGGCAACCUUGUCUGCAGAGAAGUUUUCCUUGACAGAUUUCAUCCGCGCCACAUGGAAUUUGAAUGGAUUGGCUCCCUCCAGCACGUGCAAGAGAGCCUUGACAGUUUCCAGCUGCUGUACUGGUGUCAACUCCUUCGGCUACGUUCUCAAAAAGAUGGUGCAUUGCCUGGGCCAGCAGGUCAAGCUCAAGGAUUUGUUCGGCUCGGAAUGCGACAAGGCUUGCCAAGCUUUUUUGCUCAGGAACAAUCGCGCACCGCGAUGCCUCUUUGAAGAUGCAUCAGAUGUAAGCACCUGCAAGCAAGCUGCUUGCGCAGUGCAUGCGAGAAUGUGCGUUGUGCCCUCUUCAGUUGCUGGUGGUGAAGAUGACCUUUACCAAAGCUCUUUUGUGUGUCAUUGGAAUUCCAUUCAAAAUCCCAAGAGGUUUCAGCACGAUGUCACACAGAUUGCUCAGCCAACCUGGGAAGCAACCCGAGCGGAUAUCGCUGCUCGAAGACCACUUUAUGCUCUUUUGGAGAACGUUACCGGUCUUCAGCGCGAUCCUGAGCUUGCUGCUGGUGGAGGGAACGGUGAGCCAGCUUUGAACCAUUGCUUGCAGCAGCUGCGAGAGAUCCCUGGGUACACUGUGCACUCUUGUGAAGCCACUGCCCACCCCUUGCCAGCCGACAGGAACCGUUGCUUGAUCUUCUUGAGUCGCAGCGAGCAACACCCAGCAGAAGUCCUUUUCCAGGAAUUUGAAUCACUGCAGUCCUCUGUGAAGCUCAACAUGCGCAGGCAUCAUCUGGACACCUGUUUGGUAGCACAUGCCUCUGCAACCAGCCAGCAAGAAGGUGGUUCAAAUCCCUUAGAAACGACUGCAUCCGAUGACGCUCAAGAUGCAGCUGCCUACUUUCAAUAUUUCAGCAGUGGAUUGGAGAAGGCUUUCAAGAAGGGUCGCUUGCCACCUGGCUUCAAAGUUGUUCCAAGAGAAGAACGUCCGUCGUGCAAGCACAUCGCCCUUCAGAAGAAGUCAGCAUGGUGCAGGGCACAGGCAGACGUCUAUUUCUUCAUCGGCCAGUUUUUAGCUCAGCAAGAGCAGGUGGAGGAUUCUCGGAGCAUGGUGGCAGACAUUUCGCAGUCCGCCGACAGGGGCAAACUUUGUCUCCGUGGAACUCUCCCUACCUGCACAACCUCGUCAACUUUGUACCACUACAGACUUGAACGUUUUAUUUCUGCUCCCGAGUUGUUUGUAGCUCACGGAUACCCUGGCCAGACCUGUUGGGAAGGCUUGAGCGAAGGAGAUCAAAGGCGCAUAGUAGGCAACCUCAUGUCCUCUACCACUUUGGUUUUAGCCCUCUGCCCAUUCCUGAAAGCAUUGGGCGCCCUCCGUUCUUCAGCCUAG